GAACUUAGUUUGCAAUAAUUCAACAAACUUGUGAAACGUGAAUUGCCGUGCCAUGGCUCUUUUAGAAAUUAGCAUCGCCAUUUUGGUCCUUGGGCUUCUGCUCUACAAGUGGGGCACCUCCACCUUCAGGACCUUCGAAGAAAGAAAGCUUCACUAUGAGAAGCCUUUCCCAUUCUUGGGCAACAUGGUUGGUUCGGCGUUAAAUAGAUCAUCGUUUCAGAAAGAUCUCUCAGAAUUCUACGAUCGAACUCGUCACCACAAAGUGGUGGGCUUUUUUAAUCUGCGUACCCCCAUGGUCCAGAUAAACGAUCCCGAGCUGAUAAAGAAGGUCUGUAUCAAGGACUUUGACCACUUUCCCAACCACCAAUUCUUCCUGAACAUCAAAGAGCGACUGAUAAACGAUAUGCUUAACGUGAUGAGAGAUCAGCGGUGGAAGCACAUGAGAAACACCCUGACCCCAGUCUUUACGGCCGCAAAGAUGCGGAGUAUGUUCACCCUGAUGAACGAUGGGUUCGGCGAGUGCCUCCAGUACCUGGGCGCCCAAUCGAGCAAAAAAGGUUUUGAGGUCGACAUGAAGGUGCUUUUCAAUAAGCUCUCCAACGAUGUGAUCGCCACAACGGCCUUCGGUCUAAAGGUCAACUCCUUCGAUAACCCCGCAAAUGAGUUCUACCAGAUCGGACAGUCCCUCGUUUUCUCUCGGGGAAUUCAGUUCUUUAAGUUUAUGAUGUUCAUCCUCAUGCCCAAAGUAUUCAAGAUUCUCAAAUUGACAAUUUUUGAGAGCAGUAAGGUGGAAUACUUUGUGAGCCUGGUGGUAGAAGCCAUAAAAUAUCGGGAGAAACACAACAUCCACCGGCCCGAUAUGAUUCAGCUCCUCAUGGAAGCCAAGAAGGAGGGAGGAGAAAAUUGGACGGAUGACGAAAUCGUGGCCCAGUGCUUCAUUUUCUUCUUUGCCGCCUUCGAGAACAAUUCCAACUUGCUCUGCACCACUUCCUUUGAGUUGUUGCACAAUCCCGACAUCCAGGAACGACUCUACGAGGAGGCAAAGGAAAUCCAAGAGUCCCUCAACGGCGGCUCUCUUACCUACGACGCUGUCCAGAAGAUGACCUACAUGGACAUGGUGGUGUCGGAAUCGCUCAGGAAGUGGACUCUGGCAGCUGCCACCGAUCGCCACUGUGCCAAGGACUACACCCUCACCGACGAUGAUGGCAACGUUCUCUUUGACUUUAAGGUGGGUGACAGGCUCAACAUUCCCAUCGCAGGCCUCCACUGGGACGACCGCUACUUCCCGGAUCCUCAGAAAUUCGAUCCAGAAAGGUUUAGCGAGGAGCGAAAGAAUGAAUUGAUUCCCUACACCUAUUUGCCAUUUGGCGUUGGUCCUCGAAACUGCAUUGGCAAUCGCUAUGCCCUGAUGCAGGUCAAGGGAAUGCUGUACAACCUGAUUCUCCAGUACAAAAUCGAAGCCUCGCCUCGCACUAUCAAGGAUCUCUGGGGCUCGGCUCGAGGAUUCAACUUGACGCCCAGGAGUGGCUUCUGGAUGCGUUUGGUGCCACGAAAAUAGGAGACUCAAAGGAUAAAAAGACAUUUCGUUGUUGUAGAAUAAAAUACACACAUAUAUUUUA